AUGCAUGAAUACUUGAUUAAAGAAAGUUCAGCGGAAGGACGACCCGAUCUAUUGUUUUUAGGAGAAUUUGCACACAAUUCAUUUAUUGGAAAGAUGGGACAUCUGGCUUGUUUUGUUCCAGGCAUGCUUGCAAUAGGUUCUAAAAUUUUGGACCGCCCAAAAGAUCUAGAAACCGCAAAAAGUUUAGCUGAAACAUGUUACUGGUUAUAUAAUGCCACAGAGACUGGAAUUGGUCCGGAAGAAGUUUGGCUCGACGUGAAUGUCGGAAAUAAAACUCUUUAUUAUAGUAGAAUGUCAGAGACAAGUGAUGGAAUUUUCAGAACGGACAAUAGAUAUUUGCUUAGACCAGUAACAGGAGAUAAGGAAUAUCAAGAGAAAGGUUGGAAAAUUUGGGAGUCAAUUGAAAAGUGGUGUAAAACACCUACCGCAUAUUCGGGAUUAUAUGAUGUGACUUCAGUAGAGAAGUUACAAAAUGACAACAUGGAAAGGUAA